AUGGUCACCUAUGAGCUCUACUAUACCCCCGAAACAGUCAAAAUGCAGAAAGAAACGAAAUUAUCGGAUAUUGACCAACGUCUUGCAAGAUUGGAAAAACUGAUAGGAUCUCGUUCUGGAGAAGGAUUAGAGAGUUUGCCCUCAGAUAUUGCUGCUAGUUCACUAGUCAAUUCGUUAUCAAAAUUAGAGCAACAGGUAGCUGUUCUUACACAGCCGGGGCAAUUAGAAAUGAUAGCACGCAGAGUCAAAAUUCUCAAUAGUGAUUUGGAAAGGCUCAAUGAAUUGAAAUCUGGGAGAAAAGACACAUACAGCUUUACUUUAUCGAGUUUUACACCUUCUAAUAAUACACAGACGAAUGCAGACAAUGUGAAUAAAGAUGGCUCAAAUGAUACAGAAACAAAGAUCAACAAAAUGUUUGAUACUAUGGAGAAGAUUGAUCCGUUGCUAAACCUGACACCAGCUCUGUUAACAAGAUUAAAAUCAUUGCAAAGCCUGCAUAUGGAAGCAGCUUCUUUUAGUCAGUCGGUCAAGGUUAUUUCUGAGGAACAAACGAGAAUGGCGGAUGAGUUGAAAAGCUUGAGUAAUACUUGCGAUUUGGUAAAAUACAGUAUCCCAUUCAGCUCGCUUUGCGUACAUGCCACUGAUCUUUCAAUUUUCAAUGUUUUUCUCAUCCUAGCUUAA